CAGCCACAAACAUCAGCCACAAACAAUGCCUCGGAAACAACACCUCGGAAACUUCCUCCCAUCUAGUGCGCGGCCCCUACCGAACGUCGCAGCACCUAUCCUCACCAUCAGCAACGCUUCCUCACCUCCGGUUGUGUUGUUGGCGUGUUGCACCGCAUUCGGCCUGCCCGCCACAAUUGUCGUACACAUUCGGGCCCCUCUUCUGCUUUGCUUCGCCUUGUUCUUGCCCCUGCUUGUCACACUGUCGCCCGGCCAUUGUUUUGCUGCACGCCGUUGCAUUACGCUAGUGCUCGUCUACACAGCUCAUCCGUGGACGCCGGUCGACUGCCUGCAGAAUAUUAUUACAUCCACUCUCUUCCAAAUUUACACUCGUGGGAAAAAACAAAAUGCACGACCAUGUGGUAGCAAACCGAUGGGCGCAGCUUUCGCCUGAAAUUAUUAGUUGCAUCGCAAGCUUCAUUGAUCCUGCUGAAGUAGCAGGAGCUGUCAAGCUAAUCAACAAGGCCACGGCAGCAGUCCUGCGGGAGUCUCGGGAAAUUCGUCUCGGAGGUGUCGCAACAGUGUACAGGUCCGACGCGUCGACCAGCGACCCCAAUUUGAGCCUCUCUGUGGACUUAGCAGCUCAGCCCUGGCCGCGUGCCGCCUUUCUGGCGCACUGGAGCUCGCCCAGCGCUUGGCGCACGCUGAACCUGCUCCAACGGCACCGGCUGGUCAACCUUGCGGCGUCGUCGGGAGAUGCCGAGAGCCUGGAGACGGCCCUGGCGCACUGCGGCUGCUCGCUGACGAAAGGCGCCUUGACGUCUGCGGCCGCAGCCGGCUGUGUGGCAGCCUGCGAGACGCUCUGGGCACAGGGCUGCGACGGCGACCUUUCGGAGGCCCUGACAGCCUCAGCCAGCGCCGGCCAACUGCAGGCGCUGGAGUGGCUCCUACGCCACAGCCUCCAGGCUGGGAGGAACAGGCGCCGGAGGCGCCGGGCUGGGAGGCACCGGCGAUGGCGCAGGCGCUCGGCAACACCUGACUAUUUUGGCCUGGGCGUGACGGCGUGCCGCGGCGGCCACGCACACGUCUUGUCCGAGGUGGAGCGCCAAGCGGCCGCCAGCCGCAGCCCCUUCGGCCUCGAGCGUACGCGCUUCUACGACUGCUGCAGCUACGCCGCCGCCGCGGGAGGCCACACCGAGCUCAUAUCGCGCCUAACGCCGCGGCUCGAGGCGCGGCUGGUGGAGUGGAAGUGGUACCGCAAUGCGGCAGAUGAGGACGAUGGCCGUUACGUGUACGACGACAUAACGGUCGCCUUUCGGCUGCGGGAGGUGGUGAAGGCGGCGGCGCACGGCUGCUCACUGGAGGCGCUGCGGCAUUACUACCACAAAUGGAGCCGCUGGGUUUGGUAUGACGAGGACCCAGAGGAGGAUGGCGACAGGGAGGAGGAGGAGGAGGAGGAGGAGGAGGAGGAGGAGGAGGAGGAGGAGGAGGAGGAGGAGGAGGAGGAGGAGGAGGAGGAGGAGGAGGAGGAGGAGGAGGAGGAGGAGGAGGAGGAGGAGGAGGAGGAGGAGGAGGAGGAGGAGGAGGAGGAGGAGGACAGCCGCUGGGGUGGGCGUGAGCCCAGCCCGGUGGUGGGGCCUGAGCAGCGGGCGCGGGAGGUGCUGCUGCCACUGGUGGCGGCCGCUGCCGGCAGCCCCACGCCCGACGCAUUUGACAAGGUGGACUGGCUGCUGGCGGAGAUGCGGCGGCACGCAGCGGCGGCGGCGGCGGCGGCACCUGACGGCAGGGCCGGUGCUGCCCGUGCCGCCGCCGCCGCUGUUGGUGCUCACGGCGGCGCCGCCGCCGCUACCGUGCCGUCGCCCAUCGCGGCGCUGCCAGUGAGCGCCGCCGCCAAGCAGCCCGACUUCCUGCAGCGGCUGCAGCAGCUGGAGAGCCGUGGGUUCGCCGACUUUGUCGGCGCCGCAUCCUCGGCGGCGGCCGAGGGCCGCGCCGAAGCGCUGGCAUACCUGCUGCAGCGGGCGCCCGCGGUGGCGCAGGUCGGGCCAGCGCGUGACCUGCUGCUGGAGGCGGCGGGCCGGGGCGGCCACGUGGCCGUGCUGCGCGUGCUGUGCGAGCAUGGCGUGGCGGAAGACCCCGGCGAGCUGCUGGCGGAUGCGCCGGCGCUGCUGCGCCACCCCGGCUUCCUCCGCGCCGCGCCGCUAGACUGGGUGCCCGAUGUGAAGUACGCGGCGAUGUGUCAACUGGAGCAGGAGCUGGGCAGUGACGAUGCGGGGAUGGAUGAGGGGUUCCGCGAUGAGGGCCUGGCGCAGCUGUUCCAGGAUGCGGUGGUCGCAGGCGCGGGGCUGCCCGUGCUGCGCGCGCUGCAGGAGGAAGGCGUGCCGGUGGACCUGGCGGCGGUGGCGGCGGCCGGCAGCGAGGAGGCGCUGGAGUGGGCGGCGGCGGUGCUGCGGGAGCAGGAGGGCGGCACGCUGGAGCCGCUCUCGGCCGAAGAGCUAUGGCACUGCAUCUGCGGCGACUACCCCGGCCCCGGCGGUCUCAACUCCAUCAAUGGAAACUUCGCGGCUGCGGCUUGGCUGCAGGAGCACGGGCUCGCGCCGCACCUCGGCCUCGCCUUCACCAUGGCCCGAUUACAGCAGCCACAGACGGUGAGGCUGCAGCCUUCACCGCAGCCGCCACGGACCAGCCCCAGGUUCCAGCAGCUGAGGUGGGCGCUCUCGCAGCAGCCAGGGGGCUGGGGCGCGCUGGCGGUGGAAGACUGGAGGAAGGUGCUCGCGUGUGUGGAGCAGCUGGGCAAGGCGGGGGCGGCCUGGCCGCAUCAGCUGACGUGGCUGCAGCAGCGGUGGCUACAGGAGGCGCAGGCGCGGCUAGCGGAGGCGGAGGCGGCAGCGGGACGGCUGGGGCGGAGCUGGGAGGAGGCAGUGUCUAAGGCCCGGGCAGAGGUGCAGGCGGCGCGCGCUGGCAAAUGAUGAGGCGAGUCAGUACUGCAGCAAGCGGUGAGGGGAUUGUAAGGGAAGCGGAUAAGGGAUGCUGGGGAAGCGAGAUAAGGAUCACCGCACUGGUGUCCUGUAAUGUGGUGGUCCGGCGCAGGAUUGCAAUUUAUCGGCAUUGCAGGUCGAGGCGGUGUGGCGUUACUUGAGGGCUAUCAGGGCAGGGCACCCACCGCAAGGUACGCACCACAGGCGCACAUAGGGUACAGUGCGUUCGUGGCUUGUGGAGUAUUGCAUUAGUGGUUCGAAUAGAAAGGUGGGCAGGUCACCCGACACUAGGAGGCGAUAGCAAGUUUGUGUGUUAUAGCAACGAGAUGUGCAGUGCGAUAAAGGAGCUUAUGAUGUGCGUUUGUUGGAAGCGUUUUGGGUUGAGUUCGUGGAGCGCGUGGACGCGUGUGGCAGAGGGGUGGCUGGCUAUGAAGAACACCGCCAGGGCACUGCACGAUCCGGGCAUGCAAAAGUCCAUGUCUCAGUUGUACAUGUGAAGUGGAGUGCAGGGCCCUGCUCAUUGUGCCGUGUAUUGCGGCGCGAUGGCACAGUGUAAGGGUGUGCGAUGGGACAGUUAUUGACGUGCUUGAAGGAACGCAACACGCACAGUGUUGAGGCAGUUGGACCCCUGUACUGGGCACAGGGCAUUGUCCCGUAUGGUGCAGCGUAUUCCCAAGCCCCCAAAACAUUGACGUGGUGAUGUCAAGGCAUGACCGCAUCAGCGCGCGACAGGUCACGGCCUGAUGGCGUUCAGCGCGCCGCAGCCGGUUUCGUUUACUUGCCUUGGGUGCUGCGUGCACGAGUUUCAAGUUGUACGGUGGCUCGAACCGGAUGGAAGGACGACUGCCAUCCGCAUGGCUCGUAACCCCGUGAAUGGG